CAUUAUUAUUUGUAGCAAGUACUUUCUCGCACCGUAUUAAUAUUGACUGCGCUUCUAGCGGUCACCAGCAGUGAGUUUUGACUAGAAACCCCACUGUAAUUAUUAAUUUCCGUGUCACCGUCGAAAGAAACAGUGUUUGUUAUGACCGCCAAUUUUUAAAAGGUAUCCUCGUUUCCGGUUCCCGGUUCCGCUUUCCAAUCCCAUCCUCACAUAUCCAAGAACCCAAACCCAAGAGCAGCAGAAGCAUUAGCGGGAGAAUAAGGGUUGAAAUAAUAUUGAAAAAUGAAUAGAAAAAUCAGGAAGGUAUGAAACACUUCUCGAUUGAGUGUGAUCAUACCUGAAAGACAAAUUAUUCUUUGUUUUGAACUUAUAGUCAGUUGUCAUUGUCAUUGUAUCAAUAGUCUUUAUUAAGCAUAUUCACUCUUUCAGAAUGACCCUCAGCAUUGUUUUCAAUUGUGGGCUGGAAGGACUAUCAAGACGGUUUUUAACCAUACCUGUAACUCACAAUUUUGCGAGAAAUAUUCUAGUUGGUAGGCAAAAGUCUAUGAGUAUUCAACGAUUAUUGUCAAAUGAUGUAUAUUCUCCUCCAACUGCUUCCAAAUUAAACACCCAAGAGCCAGGUCCUACAGAAAAUUUCAUCACUAUUUAUAAAUUUCCUGACAUCAAAUACAUUUCUCUAAUAAACAGGGGUCAGCGUUUUUACACAAAUGCCUUUCCUUUUGCUUUAAUGAUUUCUUAUGGAACACAUUUCGUAGGAAUCACUCCUGCUUCAGCGAGUUUUGCAGUGGCAGUAAUAGGUGUUAUACUUGGGAUACACAUUCAUCUGUUGGCUCGACUCACUAAAAAUGUGAUAGGCUUUGUAUACACUAGCCAAGAUAUGGCAACAGUUCAGAUUGCCUAUGUUGACUUUAUGGGGAAACGCAAGGAUGACAUCUUCCCAACAAACGACAUUAUACCAUUGUCAGAAACUCCAGCAAGUGUUACUGAUAAAUUUUACCUCAAAGUAUUGAGGUACUCAAAACCACAAACCGAAUUUCUUAAAUUGGACUUAAAGCGUGGUCAAAUCAUAGAUAAAGAUUGCUUUAAAAAAAUAUUUGGGAGUCUUGACAUUAAGUAAAAAAAUUUGGUUGGACAUUUAUAAUAUUUUUGUAACAUUAUAAACUUAAAAUAAUUUUCAUCAAUUAAAAUCUCUAUAAAUAA